GGAUUCCGACUCGGGUUUUUAUUUCCGGGUCCUUCUAGAGAUUUAGAACAGCUUCCGGUAAAUUACCACCGCAUGCUCCUGAGUCUUGUCUUUCCGUACAGUCAUUUCCUAACCCGACAAUAUGCCACUCGCCAGGGACCUGCUGCACCCGACCCCCGAGGAGCAGAAGAGGACGCACAAGAAGAAGCGUCUUGUACAAAGUCCAAAUUCAUACUUUAUGGAUGUAAAAUGCCCAGGCUGCUACAAAAUCACCACCGUUUUUAGCGCUGCGCAGACAGUCGUGCUCUGUGUCGGCUGCUCCACAGUCCUCUGCCAGCCUACAGGAGGGAAGGCUCGCCUCACAGAAGGAUGCUCUUUCAGACGAAAACAGCACUAGUGUUCCAGCGAUAACACUGCUGGAGACUGGUCCCAGACACUUGAUAAACAACACUGCCCAGAACAGACGGAACAGGAGUCCUCAAAGGUGGAGAACCUACCAAUAAACAACGGCGGAGGACGCUGAAUCUGAAACGGCUGUUCGAUGGCAUUCUCUCUCCAGUGUUUACAAAGGAAACUUUGGCGGAGUGAGGAUUCGGGCCACACCGGUUGGGUUGUUUACCUCCAUAUCUCUUAAUAAAGUUAGUUUCUUUGGUUUUCCUAAAUCUUGCUCUUCAUUUAUUAUUUUUGCCACAAGUUUAUUGCAUGUCUUGGACUUUUCAUUUUUACUGAAAGAUUGAUCCAUAAGCUUGUAUUAUACUUUACUUUGUAAUCAAAUGAAGACGGUUGGAAACGUGGUUGUUGUGGGACCAACCGCUAAAUGCUCUAGGAGGUAGAGCCUGUUCUGAGCAGCACAGCAGGCUGUAUUGCCAAACCCGCUGUUUGUACCCCCUGGAUCUACGUUGGCUAAUUUCCCCCUAAACCUUUCGAACCCCUGUGGACUUUAGUUUAAUGCAAGCACUUUGUUUUUAUUUGAGGCAGCAGUUGAUUGAUUGUUGCCACGUCAUUAUCCCUCUGUCUGAAUUGGGCCCCUUCUGCUUUUGGUGUCCAAUCAACUUAAUAUAUGAUCAGAGUGUUAAGUUAUAUAAGGCUUAAUGUCACAGUAAUGCAGGUAUUUUGAAGGUCUGUCUGUACAUUUGCAUGUACUGCUUGGCCUUCUGGGUGCUGGGAGUUUCACACAAUAUCAUCAAAUGAGGACAUGAGCUACAUCUCAUCCUGCUCUUGACAGCACAAAACUGGUUGCUAUGGCAACAUUUUAAUGUUUCCCCUCAUGUGAUCAAGAUUAAAAUACUUGCACCCAAAUAAAGCCAUAACAAAAGGGUA